GCGGCGGCCCUGAGGCUCACCGCGGGGCCCGCUCGCGUGUCGCUGUCCCCCGGCGGCAGGUGAGGCCCGGCGGGGAUCAGCGCCGUCGCCCCGUUGCGCCAUGGCCAUGAGAGAUCUUGUCGAACCGGAGUGCGGGGGCUCCAACCCCCUAAUGAAGCUGGCCUCCCACUUCACCCAGGAUAAAGCCUUGCGGCAGGAAGGACUCCAGGGCCCCAGGAGCUGGCCCCCCGGAAUCCCCGGAGCCGUAUCCAAACCGCUGGGAGUGGCCUCUGAAGAUGAGCUUGUUGGAGAAUUCCUGCAAGAGCAGAAUGCCCCUUUACUGUCCCGUGCACCGCAGACUUUUAAGAUGGAUGACCUGUUGGCUGAGAUGCAGGAGAUCGAACAGUCAAACUUCCGACAAGCCCCUCAGCGAGCUCCAGGUGUGGCAGCCUUGGCACUGUCUGAAAACUGGACCCAGGAGUUCUUGGCUCAGGCAGAUAGUGCUGGCGAUGUCUCUUCAGACUACAAUGAAGCUGACUGGUCACAGGAGUUCAUUGCUGAAGUGACAGAUCCACUGUCUGUGUCUCCUGCUAAGUGGGCAGAAGAAUACCUAGAACAGUCAGAGGAGAAACUCUGGCUUGGGGAAUCGGAAGACCAGUCAUUGGCAGAUAAAUGGUACGAGGAAUAUCAACCUGAGGAUGAUCUUAAGAAAACUGCUAGUGAUUUCCUUUCUAAAGUGGAUGAUCCCAAGCUCAGCAAUUCUGAGUUCCUAAAGUUUGUUCGCCAGAUCGGAGAUGGGAGGGUAUCGAUCGAAGCUAAUCAGGUGACCCUCAGAGACCAAGAUCAGGCAGAGCAAUGGGCAGCUGAGUUUAUACAGCAGCAGGGGGCAUCCGAUGCCUGGGUGGAUGAAUUUGCACAAUCAGGGAACAUGUCAACUCUUGAUACAGAAUUUGAGCAGGCAAAGACUGCUGUGGAGUCAGAUGUGGACUUCUGGGAUAAACUCCAGGCAGAAUGGGAGGAGAUGGCCAAGAGAGAUGCAGAGGCUCACCCUUGGCUCUCUGAUUAUGAAGAUCUAAGCUCCUCUUCAUAUGACAAGGGUUACCAGUUUGAAGAAGAUAAUCCCAUGAGAGAUCACCCUGAGGCAUUUGAAGAAGGACGGAAGCGCUUGGAGGAAGGAGACCUCCCCAAUGCUGUCCUGCUGUUUGAGGCUGCAGUGCAACAGAAGCCAGAUCAUAUGGAGGCCUGGCAGUAUCUGGGAACCACCCAAGCAGAGAAUGAACAGGAGCUUUUGGCAAUCAGUGCUCUCAGACAGUGCUUGGAACUGCAGCCUGGGAACCUCACUGCACUGAUGGCGUUAGCGGUCAGCUUCACUAAUGAGUCCUUACAGAAGCAGGCAUGUGAGACCCUGCGAGACUGGCUACGCAAUAAACCAGCCUAUGCCCACCUGCUGGAGAAGGAACCAGAGGGGAAUGUCUCGGGGACAAACCUUGGGCCUCCUAAGCGUGUGCUGGGUUCCCUGUUGUCUGAUUCGCUCUUCACGGAGGUGAAGGAGCUGUUCUUGGCAGCUGUGCGCAGCAACCCCUCGGCUGUGGAUCCUGAUGUUCAGUGUGGCCUAGGUGUCCUUUUCAACCUGAGUGGCGAGUACGAGAAGGCUGUGGAUUGCUUCAGUGCCGCACUCAGCGUGCGCCCCAAUGACCAUCUUCUGUGGAACAAGCUUGGUGCCACCCUAGCCAAUGGGAAUAGGAGUGAGGAAGCUGUGGCUGCAUAUCGCCGGGCACUGGAGCUCCAACCAGGAUAUAUCCGAUCACGCUACAACUUGGGCAUCAGCUGCAUCAACUUAGGUGCCCACCGGCUAUCAUCCAACUCUUACAGCAAGAAAUCCAAACUACAGAAGUCCUGCUGAGAUGGGAAAAAUCAUCAUUUUUGAGCAUGCCAACUUCCAGGGAUACUCCAAAGAGUUCACUUAUGACAUUGCCAAUCUGGAAAAUGUAGGCUGGAAUGACUGUGUUUCUUCAGUGAAAGUAAUUGGCCAGCCUUGGGUGGCUUAUGAGCACCUCAAUUAUACAGGCCAGCUUCUUGUCUUUGAGGAGGGAGAACAUAACUUUAUUGGUUCUGAGAUGAAUGACAAGAUCACUUCUCUGCAGGUGAUUACUGGAAACCUGCACAAUCCCCAAAUCACUCUCUAUGAACAUACACAUUAUGAAGGAAAGAGUUGGGUGGUAAAAGAAGCCACUGACAUGGGUAAGGGAUGUGACAAGGACACAGUGUUUUCUCACAAAGUCCAAAAAGGUGUCUGGCUACUGUGUGAACACUGUGAUGGAGGUGGUUUUCGUUACCUUGCACGAGAACAUGAACACCUUCCUGAUUACAAUGCAAUCAAUUUCAAUGGCAAGCUCUCAUUUCUGCGUCCCCUUCUCCCUGGCAAGCAUUGUGGGUGUUAGACUGCAAAUUCUGCAAUCCUAUGGGUAGGUGCAGUCCCUGCAAAGAGGCUGAGACCUAGAUUUCUGCCUAUGCUUGUACUUUUUUUUUUCUUCGUGGCAUCAUAGAAACAGUGAAUGUGGGAGAUCUCUUUAAUGUUUUGCUGCAGAUCUUUUUUUCUUUCUUUUUUUUUUUAAUCUUCUAUCUUUUAUCUUUAUCCUGCCUCAUAUUGUUUGUCCUCCUCAUGAUGCUCAUGAAUGUUAAGAGCUGUCAUAUUUGGUCAAAGCAGUGGUCAUUUGUCCCAGAAUCCUGUGCUUUACAGUGAUGAGGCAGGUGCUAAGGGAAGAGUGUAAGAACAAGGCAAGUAUAAAGUGUUCUGUCCUUGGGCACACAUGAGUGUUUGGUUUGGCUACGUCUCAUCUGGCAAGUUCCCACUGCCCAUCACUAAAGGCUCCUUCUUGUAGGAGACCUUCAUUUCUGCAUCAUCUGUGCCUUGUCAGGAGAGAAAUGUCCCAUUAACAUUGAAAGAAACUCAAAGAUGAAGCACUUGCCUUUGGUAUUCCAUGCUCAAGUACUAUGUAAUGAAGAAGUGUUGCAUGCUGCUGCUGUUGCCAUACGCAGAAACAAGAUGUGAGCUGGGAGAAUCAUAGCUGUGAAGUAAAAAGAGCUACAGUUUACAAUGGAAAAUGUGAAUGUAUAACCAGGCAUUGCUUGCUUUGUAAUUGGCUUCACAGUAAUCUCUUGCUUUACAAUGACCCCUUCCAGGUUCUUGCUUUCCAUUUUGUGUUGUUGCCAUUAAAGAAGUUGUUGAAAUCA